GUUUGCUUCAGCAAGAGUAGCUCUGGUGCAAAAAGUGCUCUACUCAUCUGGUGCUCCGCUGCAAGAAAGGAACCAUGAAAAACGUUUGGUUUCCUAGCCUAACACUGCUAUGCCUGGAGCUUUCCAUGAGGGUUGGAACUGCCCCAAUUUGUGCCUAUGGACAGACUGGAUGCCAUGUUCCUACCCUGGCAGAUCUCUUUGACAGGGUCAUACAACAGUCUUCAAGAAUGCAUGGUAUCUCCAGUGAUCUGCACUCUGAAUUUGAGCAAUAUUUCUUUCCCAGUAAGAAUCUCAUAGGAAAAAGGAAGUGCCACACAUAUGGCAUACUAACACCAGAUGAUAAGGAGAAUGCACAAAGGCUUGGGAGAGAACAACUGACAGAGGUGAUCCUUAGGCUGCUGGGGGCCUGGGGUGACCCCAUGUCUCAACUCUACCAGAGCAUGUCUCGGGAUCAAAAUCAAGACUUCAACCACUACAGCUCCAACAAGGCACUGGAGAUAAGUGAUAUGGUUCAUGAGCUGAGGGAUGGAGUGGCAAAAAUGACAGAGAAGAUGAAGCAAUUCGGAGUGCUUGGUAACACCGUGGGUAACAUCUCUCCUGAGAGUUUGGUCCCUUCUUCUGCCCUUUCCUCCUACACACAAGGAGAAUUUAACUCACUGGACCAUCAUGACCUACUCUACUGCUUCCGCAGAGACUCCAACAAAGUCAAAAAUUAUCUCCGUAUCCUGAAAUGCACCACCCUACCUGGGCUGGACUGUUAAUAGUGAAAGCAAAGAAGUCUAGUGUAGUAUUUUUAAAUUUUGUUAGACUAGAAAACAGUUUUGUUUCUCCUUUGCUUUUAACUACACACCAUGCUCUUACUGUCUGUGCUUACAUCCUUUGUAAUGCAUUUCUUGUGUGCAUCUAUUUAGAGGAUUGCCUCUUGACAUAUUAUUGUUAGGAUGAUUAAAUGAUUUCACUUUUGAGCAUUGAACAUGAAAUGGUCAAAAAAUUAAACUUAAGUAAACCUUC